GCCCUUCGUUUGGUAUCAAUGACCAAGGAAUGAAGAAUAACCUUAAAAGGUGGCAUUAUAGUCAACGUGCAUAUGAUGUUCAAAUCAAAACUUCUACUGGUCGCUUUUCCAUAGAUGAAUAUGAA